AUGUAUACUUUCGACAUUUCAGUUCUUGGCGUUGAAAUUACAUUAAAAAGUGACAUACAUAGAUCUGAGCUUAUAGACAAAGCGAGAUAUAUCCUCAAAAAAGCUUUCGAAUGUGCAGAAAAGAAAGCAGGAACAUCUGAAUACACACAGGUGGUUAAAGCUGUUGAGGAGCUCUUUGAUGAAGUUGAGCGCCUAGGUGAUGUCAAGAUUUUACCACCUGAAUUUAAAUGCAUUAAUAUGUAUAUUAGAUGCACAACAUGCACCGGUUUGUAUAGAUUGCUUCGUUACAUUAAAAGUGAUGCCUUUGAAAAUCGUCUGCAAAAGAUUGUAGCUGCAGUCAAAGAAGAAAUGGCGGCUAAAGUUUCGACGUAUUCUUUAAUCUCAAGAUUUAUUCCAAAAUGUCUUAAUGAGAUUCUUAAAACAAUUACUGAAACUGAGUCAACAUACAUGUGCAAAGUUGAACUGCCGAUUGAAGUGAGAAGUUGUGAUGGAAUUGUUCGAGUGGAUCAUUGGAUAGGAAGUGGACAAGCACAAAAGAGCUUAAAUGCAAUUUCAGAAACAAUUUCGUCUGAACUUGGGGCAACAAUAGCAAUGGAACCAUCGUUAAAUGUGAAAACAAUUACAGUAACUCCAGAGUCCACCCGUAUAUCAACAUUUAUUUCUCAGAUACCUGGUAUAAAUCUUUCAAUGAACUUAUGA